AUGUCGUUCCGGGAUCUCAGGAAUUUUACUGAAAUGAUGAGGGCUCUGGGAUAUCCCCGACUCAUCUCUAUGGAGAAUUUCCGCACUCCAAACUUCAUGCUGGUUUCAGAGAUGCUUCUUUGGCUAUGCAAAAGAUAUGAACCUCAGACCGAUGUUCCUUCUGAUGUUGAGACAGAGCAGGACCGGGUUUUCUUCAUUAAGGCAGUAGCUCAGUUUAUGGCUACCAAAGCUCAUAUAAAGCUCAACACAAAAAAGCUUUACCAAGCAGACGGCUAUGCAGUGAAGGAGCUGUUAAAAAUAACUUCUGUUCUUUACAAUGCCAUGAAAACUAAAGGAAUGGAGACCACCUCAGUGUCCGAGGAAGAAAGCAGCAAAUUCAAAUUUGACCUUGGCUCAAAAAUUGCUGAUUUGAAGGCAGCCAGGCAGCUUGCUUCAGAAAUCACAUCCAGAGGAGCAUCUCUGUAUGAUUUACUUGGCAAAGAGGUGGAGCUGAGGGAAUUGAGAACGGAAUCCAUUGCGAGACCUCUGGAGAUAAAUGAGACUGAAAAGGUGAUGAAAAUUGCCAUCAAAGAUGUUCUGGAACAAGUCCAGAAGACUAAGGACAUGUUGAAUAACGUGGCCUCGGAUGAAGCCAACUUGGAAGCCAAGAUUGAAAAGAGAAAACUGGAACUGGAAAGAAACCAGAAGCGACUACAGACCCUACAGAGUGUCCGACCAGCCUUUAUGGAUGAGUACGAGAAGAUCGAGGAGGAGCUGCAGAAACAGUAUAGCAGUUACCUCGAAAAAUUCCGUAAUCUGGCCUAUCUGGAACAGCAACUGGAUGAUCAUCACAGGGUAGAGCAGGAGAGGUUUGAGGAAGCAGAAAACACACUACGCCUGAUGCAGAACAGGCUGAAGGAGGAGGAAAAACGCCUGCUCAAGAGUGGAAGUAACGAUGAUUCAGACAUAGAGAUCCAAGAGGACGAGGGAUCUGAUAGUGAAGAGGAAGACAGGCAGCUAAUAAAGCAGCGCACGGCCAUGGAGAUCCUGAUGCAAGGGAGACCCAACAAACGGAUCGUGGGGACGAUGCAAGGUGGAGAGACAGAGGAUGAUGUGGGAUCAGCCCAAGCCCAACCAGGUAAACACAAGACCUCCAGCACCAAGGCACAGGAGGAGUCGGAGGAUAGUGAGAUUGACCUGGACGAUGAUGAAGACGAUGAUGAGGAUGACCUUGAAGAUGACAGCAUGGAAAUCUCUCCCAGCAAGGCCAAUCGCCGGGCCAGGAAGCCAGAGCCACUGGAAGAGAGUGAUAAUGACUUCUGA